UCUGAAACACUCCUCUUUCAGUCCUCUCUCUCCCUCUCUCUCCCUCUCUCUUGUUCUAUAUAAUCACUUACUCUGUAAUAUCCUCUCCCCACUCAUAGGAAGCAUGAACAUGAAGGUGCACCAGCUCACACGUGGGUUCUGGGAUCAUGAACCCUCACUCACACUUGGCUGCAAGCGCCUCCGACCUCUUGCUCCCAAGCUCACUGGUACUACUACUAAUACUACCACUACUACUACUACUACUAGUACUAGUGCUGACACCAUCAUCCCUUCCCUUGAUAUCAAGAGCUUCAUCAAGCCUGAUAGUGGACCUCGGAAGGCUGGAUCCAAUGAAGAGAAGCGAGACACUACUCAGGUGGAGGCACAAUCGGGUGGGACGAGGUGGAACCCAACACAGGAACAGAUUGGGAUCCUAGAGAUGCUGUAUAGAGGUGGAAUGAGGACGCCGAAUGCGCAACAGAUAGAGCAAAUCACAGCUCAACUGGGGAAGUUUGGGAAAAUAGAAGGGAAGAAUGUGUUCUAUUGGUUCCAAAACCACAAAGCAAGAGAGAGGCAGAGGCAGAAGCGCAACAGCCUUAGUUCCACUCAUUCUCCAAGGACCCCUCCUGUGACCACCACUAUCACCUUGGAUGCCAAUAGGGAGAUAGAAAGGGAGGAAGAGAGCCAGUACAAGAGGAAGCAGAGAAGCUGGGGAGUAGAAUGGAGCGGGGAAGAGGAGGAAAGUAGAUGGAGUAGUGGAAGUGAGGAAGGAGACGAUAAGACUCUGGAGCUCUUCCCUUUACACCCGGAAGGCAGAUGAAAGAGUUCUCCAAGUUCCCAAAACUUUGGUUUUCUUUCAUGUGAAAUGUCAAUUUGCUUUGCUUUGCUCUCUCUCUCUCUCUCUCUCUCUCUCUCUCUCUUCUCUCUUUCUUUACUUCGGGAAAGAAGAAAGUGAAGUUGAGUUCUGUUGUAAAACUGUAUACUCUCUCUCUCUCUCUCCCCCGUGAAUUAUUCUUCUCCAGCCGAGGCGCUUGCAGUGAGAAAACCACUCUUUAUUCUUCA